UCUCGUACCUCAUCUUCUCCACACACACCAAUCUCACCUUCAUUUUACACACACACAGUAACCGCAUGACGUUGAACAUAACAUCCACGCCAUGGCCAAGCCGUCUCUACCUUCACAAUCACCGUUUCUUAACCAACGAAUCCACACCAAAACUUACUUACUACUGCUACACUUUUCGCACUCCAAUUCAUAAUACUAAUAACAUUGUAAAGGCUUCUUUGAGUGAUCAGAGUACUGUUGUUGACUCUGGUGAUAGUUAUGAAUCAAUUAUUAGUAAAGUAGUUUCAUCUGCUAAAGAUGCAAGUGAAGCACUCCAGGUGUUUGGUGAAAUGACUAACAGGACUAGUGGUGUUGUCACUACUUCCGAUUGCUGCUUGAUUAUUUCCGCCGCGCUUGAUCGGAAUAAUGCUGAUUUGGCUCUCUCCGUUUUUAACGCCAUGAGGUCCAGUUUCAAUACAGGUGUCGGAGAUAAAGAUGUUGGUGACAGAUUGAGGUGGUCGAGACCUGAUGUAAAUACAUACACAUUGUUGGUUCGCGGUCUUGCAGCAUCAUUGCGGGUUUCAGAUUCCCUUAGGAUCAUUGCAAAUGUUUGCCGCGUGGGAGUAUCUCCUGGUGAAGAGGUACCGUUCGGUAAGGUUGUAAGAUGUCCUAGUUGCAUGAUAGCUGUUGCUGUUGCACAGCCCCAAAAUGGUAUUCAGAUUGUUUCCUGCUCUAAAUGCCGUUAUCAAUAUGAGCUUGUUUCCGGAAACAUCAUUAGUAUUGAGUCAGAAGAAAUCAGCAUGGAUGUACCUGCAUGGAAAAGGGGGCUACAGUUCUUGCAGCUAACGAAAGAAAGUACUCCUGCUGCUGUUCACUCCGUUGUGGUCCAGACACCAUCUGGUAUGGCUCGAACACACAGAUUUGCUACUAAAACAGUAGAUCUCCCUGCACAAGAAGGGGAACGUGUGACAAUUGCUGCAGCAGCUCCAUCAAGUGUCUAUCGGGAAGUGGGUCCCUUAAAAUUUACCCCCAAAAGCCCUAACUACUACGCUGGUGAACCCAUGUGCCUAACAAACCAUCUAAGUGGCAAAGAAUCACCAUUAUUGAGGGCCCCUACAAAAAAUGGAGGAAUAUCCUUAUUGAGUCCAAGUGUCUUCUUUCCGCUUCUCACAAUCUUAGCCACAGGUGACAUGGCUUCAGGAAUGAUAGACCCCAGUUUACCUCAGUUUAUUUCAGUUGCGGCUGUUUCAUCCGUUGCUGUUGGUGCCACUUUAAAUGGUCUGGUUUUUCCACAGUUCAGUCAACUUCCUCAAAGGCUUGUGGAAACAGUUGCCAUUAGGCAGCAACUACUUUCUCAGUAUGACACACUUCAAUCUCGUAUUAAGGAUUUAAAAGAAGCUGCUGAAAAUGAGGUGUGGAUGCUGGCUCGUAUGUGCCAGCUGGAGAACAAAAUUGUUGCUGUUGGAGAACCUUCUUAUCGUUCACGGCGAAGUAGAGUCAAAAGGGUGCGUGAAGGAUUGGAAUGCUCACUGAAAUCACGAAUUGAACUAAUUGAAAGCUAUGCAAGAAUUUCUUCAAUGAUCGAAAUCGAGGUGGAAAUGGACUCUGAUGUUCUUGCUGCUGAAGCAGCCAGCAGUGUGGAGACUAUAGCCGAACAGAUAGAACAGAUAAUGGAACUUGAGAAUCUUGAAGCGAAAUGGAGAAUACAAGCCGAGGCAAAUGAUGAAGUCGAGAAGCUUCUCAGCUCUGAGAUCAUACCUUCACAACAGAUUUCUGAUACAUGAUCAUCUUUUGGUCAAACAGUUAUAUAAUCAUCAGGUAGCGGAUAUUGGUUCUUUGAAUAUUUAGCACCAUAAGUUGCGAACCAUCAAAUUCGUAGCUUAAUUACAAUCAACACGAUUGUUCUCAGUUUCAGCACCGAUUUCAAAAAAGAGAAAAUGGGGUUCAUUUGAUCUUGUAUAAAAGAUUCAGAAUUCAUUCAAUAUUCUUUUGUAACCGCAGAAAAGGACAUUGAUGUUCAAAAAUAUUAUAAGUAAAAGCUAAAUCAUCACUAGGCACUAGCUGUUGUAGUGUUGUGAGUACUGGAAGGAAAAAAUUAUUCGGGGCUUUUAAUUAUUCUAGUCAAGUAACAUAGGUUAAAAUCAUGUUAUUGUAUUAUAGUGGUGUAGUUGGUUAUUGUGACUCGUGUUCUUAAAA